AUGAGCAAAAUAAUCAGAAAAAGAACAAGAGAUGAGAUGAAUAAUGGUGGAAAUGGAAGUGGACAACAAAUUACAACCAAUCAAAACAACAUUCAGAAUGAUUCAAUUUAUAUUGGAAAAUGUUAUAUGGUAGAAAGAAGAGCGGAUGGAAAAAAUCCAGAAAAGGUUAGUUUGGUUUUUUGAAAUGAUUAAUUUUACGAGAAAGGUCUUGCAAUUAAAGGUGGAGUCUGAGCAAAAAAAAAGUUAUGCUCAUUUGAAAGAGCAUGUUCCAAUUAGUACAAUCCUCGAAGGAUUUUUUCUGGAAGUUUCUCAAACAUUAAAUUCAAGCUAUUGUACAUUUGGAUUUUCAAGGCAUUUUUUUACAAGGCGUUUCACUAUUUUUUCAAAUUAAUUUUUGAGCUUCCAGAACUAAUUAGAACAUGCUCUUCCAAAUGAGCAUUACUCAUUUUUUGCUCAGACUCCACCUUUAAAGGUGGAGUGAUAUUUUUUCAAGCCAUUUUACACGCUGUUUCAAUGCUUUAGCGAACAUUGAACUUAUUUUACUAAUAUUUGUAAAGCUUCCAUCAGAAAUCCUUCAAGGAAUAUAUCAAUUGCAACAUUCCGUUUAAAAUGAGCCUAGCUCAUUUUUCUUUUGCACUCCACCUUCAAUUUGUUUAUUCAGAUCCUGGCCACAAUUAUCCACGUUGAAUGGAAAGAUAAAAACGAAGAAGAAGCAUCAUCGUCUUCUUCACAAGAACCACAAGAACUAACUGAAGAAAAAUCAGAGGAAUCGAUUUCAACUGAAGGAAAGACUCAAAUGUUUUAUGUUCAUUAUGAAAUGCUUGAUCGACGGAUGGAUGAAUGGGUGACCAGAGAUAGAAUAUUUGAACGUAUUGAUGCACCACAAACAUCGAUCAUUGUACCUGAAAUUGUAACUGGUACACAAAAUAGUGGAACUGAAGGUGUUGUAGGUGGAAUGACAGCAAAUUCGAGUGGAAUUAGAGGAAGAGCAUUGACAAGAAGUCAACGACGAAUUCAUGAAGAAUUUAAUCAUAUGAAACAAGGAUAUGAUUCGAUGGAUGCGACAACUGCGAAAUUGGAAAAAGAACACGAAGAGGUAUAUUUAUUUACAUACAAUGUUUUCCUUUUUUUUGAAAACCAAAUUUUCAGCGCACUAAAGUCAAAAAUAUUCCAAAAAUCACAAUUGGUCGUCAUUGUAUAACAGCUUGGUAUUAUUCACCAUUUCCUGUUCAUUGCACCAAUCAUGAGAUAUUUAUGUGCGAGUACUGCCUUUUAUAUACUCCAAGCAGAACGAAAUUCCGCGAUCAUUAUAUGGUUGGUGAAAUUUUGUUUGUUUUUUUUUUUGAAAAGUUAGGAAAUGUAUUUCGUAAAAAUUGACAUUUCUUAUGAAUCUAUGCCAAUUAAUAGUUUAUGAUAAAAAAAAACACAAAAACGCUUUCAAUUUUUUCACGGGAUAGUAAAAACCGAGGAAUCUUUUUUCAAAAUAUUUUAUUUCAUCUUCUUUUUUAUAGACAUGCAAAGCUCGUGAGCCACCAGGAAAUGAGAUUUAUCGAAAAGACGAACUAUCUGUGUACGAAAUUGAUGGAAGUUGUGAGAAGCUGUAUUGCCAAUGUUUAUGUCUCCUCUCGAAAUUGUUCAUGGAUCAUAAAACUUUGUAUUUUGAUGUAGAUGAUUUCAUGUUCUACGUUCUUUGCGAGGUUUGUUUUUUUCGAAAAAUAAUUUCUCCAUACGUCGCAUGCGUGGAGUAAUCGACUCGUGGAGGAGUUGAUACUCACACCAGUUUUUGGAAGGGAUUGUCACGUGAGAAAAAUUUCCAAACAAAUUUUCUCAAGAACUGAAAAAAAUUGAUAAUAAAUUAUUUCGAAAUUUUGAAACGUAUUUUUUUUUUUGUUUUAAAAAAUCACAAUUUGGAGUCCAAAUUUGUCUAAAAAUCGCUGAAAAUGAAAAUUUGAGUUGAAAAACUAGGAUAAACAUCUUCAAGGCGUGGCAAUUUUAAAAUAGAAGAUUUCGAGGAGGAAAAUUCAAAAAAUGUUGUGCCAUAAAAAACUUAAUAUUUCAGAUUUUCUGAAAAAAAUUGAAAUUUUUCAGUUUUUAGCAACCACGUGGCAAUAAAAAUGAACGUUUAGAAAAAAGUGUUUAAUUUUACAGGUCGAUGAUGAUGGUGCUCAUAUUGUUGGCUAUUAUUCGCGUGAAGUUGAAUCGACAAACAAUCUGGCUUGUAUUAUGGUUUUUCCACCAUAUCAAGACAAAGGAUAUGGAAAAUUGUUGAUUCAAUUGAGUGAGUUUAUUAUUAAUCUUGAAAAUUUGAUUCAAUUCAUUCAAAAAAAAUGCUGCUGCAGGCUACGAAAUCUCGAAUCGCGAAGGAUAUGUGGGAACUCCAGAAAAACCACUUUCUGAUUUGGGAAAAGUUAGCUAUCGAAGUUAUUGGUGGUGGGUGUUGCUCAAUGUUCUCAGCGAAACAACUGUAGGUUUUUUGAUUUAAUUAUUCAAUCUUUGAACAUUUUGAGAAGUUCUUUUCGUCUCCAUGUCUAUCCAUUUUUAUUCAAUUAAUUCCCAAUUUAUUCGAAAUUUCUUAUUUCAGGCAAAUGCAAUUAGCGCGUCUGAAUUGUCAUAUAUCAGUGGAAUUGCAGUAGAUGAUAUUGUUUCGACUUUGACUACAAUGAAAUUGGUCCGACAAUACAAAGGUGAUUUUUGUAGAAAUCUUCAAAACAUUUGCGAAAUUCAAAGCACGCAAGAGCAAAAAACGAACCAUUAUAAACUACAGAAUUUUUAUGAAAAUAUCUUCUGGGCUGAUUCAAGUCGAAAAAAUAAUUUAAAAUUUUUUUUAAAAAACAAAACAUUUCGAUUCAGCAAAUAUCAAAAAAAAAACUAUAUUUUUUCCUAUUUUUUGAAAUUUUUUUCAUUUAAAUAUUUUCGCUGCGAGAUAUUUCUUAUUUUUGUGUGGAAAAAAUGUCAAAAAUAGGAAAAAUUUUUUUGACAUUUGCUGAUUGUGAAUCGAAAUUUUUGUCAAAAAAAGGUGUUCUUAUUAUUUUUUCGACUUGAAUCAUCCCAUUCAAAUUUUUAAUCAAAAUAUAUAUUUUUCAGAAUGCGAUUAUAUAAUUAAAACAGCACGAAAAAUUAUCGAUCAUUGUAUUGCUAACGAUUACGGUAAAAAACCGCGAAUAUUACUCGACAAAUCGGCAUUAAAGUAAGAGUAUUUUUCGAUUUUUCAUCUCAAACAUCAUCAAUUUUCCAGAUGGGAACCACAAGUCAGACGAAACGUGGCAAUUGAAUUAGCCGAAAGAAGAUCAUCGGCAAACUUGGUAGAGGAGAUUCUGGGAGGUACUUGGUUUUCUUUGAAAAAUAAUUUUAAUCUCAUGAAAUUUUUGUAGAUGACUUGAGUAGCGGUUUAUGUUCACCAAACCCAUCCGAAUGUUCAAACAAUGAUGAUCCAACUGGAUUAUUUUGCUGA